UCCAGAAAAACCAAACUCAAAACUGGAGAGAUGGCUCUCCUUAUCUUCACUGCAACAACUCCCUCUGUUCUCCUCUCAUCUCAAUCUUCCUCUACUUCACAAGCUUCUGCAUUCCCUGCUUCGUUAUCCUCCAGGUUCUGCAACAAUCACUUUACCCUGACACCUAAGUCUUAUGCCAAUGGUUAUAUUCAAGCACCUUUUAUCUUCCAAAGGAGAGGUGCAUUGAUUGCUACAGCGGCUGCAGACAUUGAUAGUGUCGGUUCAGAUAAUCCUGAGCCUUCACCAGAAAAAAAGGAGGAAAGUGUGCCUGUUGAGAAUCUCCCUCUGGAGUCUAAGCUUCAAGAGAAGCUUGAACAGAAGAUGAAGAUGAAAUUGGCAAAAAAGCUUAGACUACGGAGGAAGAGACUCGUUAGGAAGCGCCACCUAAGGAAGAAAGGACGAUGGCCACCUUCAAAGAUGAAGAAGAACAAGAAUGUCUAAACUUAACCUGAAAUGCCUUGCAAGUGUCUCGUUUUUUCUCGUAGUCUUUAUAAUAUCGAAAUACUGUAAUCUCUGAGAUCAUUUUCUUCAACCUGUACCUGAUACCUUAUGAAAUUGAUUAGAUUUUUUCCCGA